AUGGCAGGGAAACCUGUAAAGCGCACCUAUGCAGGAGCGACUUUGGACUAUCUCGGAGCACGUUACAUAGGCGUAGGCCCUGAAGCAUGCAGCUACACAACGCAAGCGAUCCAGAUCCCCAUGCAGGACGGCGUCGAGCUGGCUGCCGACUUCUACGCACCAGAAUUACCGAAACACCAAGCACCCGCGGGUCUAAUCAUGGUCCAGUGCUGCUACGGUCGAGGCGCAGGCAUCUCCUUCCUCAACGCCCGUGUCUUCGCAGCUCGAGGCUUCCAGGCCCUCUUUGUUAGCACACGCGGCACGGGUGGCUCCGGAGGCACUUUCGACCCCCACCGCAAUGAACAGUCCGACAGUCAGGAUAUCGUCGUCUGGAUGCGUCAGCAGCCCUGGUAUCCUGGCUCCUUUGCUACCUUGGGCCCCUCGUAUCUCGGUUAUAGUCAGUGGGCGCUUUUCCAUAAUCCGCCUGCCGACUGCGUCGCUGCUGUCAUUGCCGUCGGGCCUCAUGAUCAGGCCUGGCACACAUGGGGCACCGGGUCCUUUCGACUUGAUCGUGCAUCCUGGAGCGAUAUGAUGACGAGGCGUGACGGCGAGCGAGGGAGCUUUCUCUCGCGUCUGUCAAAUAUACCCGGGUUGAGCUUUUUGCGGUCAUCGGAGCUCGAAGAAGCUGUGGCUGGUCUGCCGGUGGAAGCUAGUUUGCAGAAGUACUUUGGCGACAGGGCCCCGUGGCUCUUUGACUAUCUGGAACAUCCGAACGUUGAUGAUGCCUACUGGAAACCACGACGACACCACAUUGCUCUUGACCGUGUGAAGGUUCCUAUCUUGUUGGUCAGUGGUUGGUACGACACCUUCACAUCGCAGACGAUGCACCAGUUCAACCACCUGCACGAUAGAGGUGUCAAUGUAAGCCUCAUCGUGGGUCCCUGGACACAUGUUCAAGCGUCUGGUCUACAUUCUACGCCGGAAAUAGUGGACUUUCUCGCCGAGCACCUGACCAAAACUGGAAAAUACAAUCGCUCUCCAGUUCGCAUCUUUGUCACUGGCUCCAAGGAAUGGCGCUCAAUGCCUACCUGGCCUCCAGCUACCCAGCCAAUGACCCUAUAUCUGCAAGAAAACAGCGUUAUCGGAACGAAGCAGCCUGUGCAGAACGCAAAACCUGCAUCAUUCGUCUUCGACCCUUUGAACCCUACUCCCAGCAUCGGUGGCAACCAGAUGUCUUCCGGCGGACGAGUAGACGACGGUGCCUACGCAGACAGGUCAGACGUCCUAGUCUACACGAGCGAGCCCCUUUCAGAGGAUCUUGAGGUUAUGUCCACUCCAUCCGUUCAUCUGAUACAUGCAAGCGACCCGCCCUUUGCAGACCUGUUCGUGCGGCUUAGCGAGGUCGAUGCUCAGGGCGUGUCCCACAACAUCACUGAGGUGUACCAGGCGCUUGAUCCGUCGCGCGACACGUCCCAGCCACUGCAGCUGAAUCUGCAAGACUGCGCUCAUCGAUUCCGGGUGGGUACGCGUGUGAGACUUAUUGUCGCGGGCGGGUCUUUCCCGAUGUAUGCGAGAAGUCUUGGGACUGCUGAAGAUCGUGUGCGUGGUGAAAAGACGGUUUCUCAAAGGCAUACUGUUACUAUUGCUGGUGGGGUGUCACGACUUGUGUUGCCUAUUAGUGCUGCUGUUUGA